UCAAGCUGCUUGACCCAGCUCUCUCUGCUGGCCAGAGAUCACCCCCUUUUAUCAGGUAAGGCAAUUACAGCGUUCUGGGCUCUCGCGCCUCAAAAGCUCCCCGGUCUGUGUCUGUGAGUCACAAUGAAGUUCUCAAUGGUGUUAGUCGUUGCGCUGUCCGCGAACCUGAUGGUGCUGUCGACCGCGUCCGGCUUCCUGGCCGCCCCAGUGGCCGCUCCAGUCAGCGAGAAGGAUCGGGACGCCGCAAGCUCCCUCGCCCUCGAGCUGUCGGGCGACACGGACGGCCGCCUCGCCGCGCUGGAGGAUGCGCUGCGCCCCACCUUCGCGGCCCUCCCGAAGGACGCCGCCGGGGAGCUCGGUCACCAGGCGGUGCGCUACGCGCUGCACCGGCUGUUCGUGCAGCAGCGCGGAUGGUACAUCAAAGGCCUCGAGCCCGGCUCCGACUCGGCGAACGCGUCGGAGUGGGUGCCUUCGUUCCUGCAGCGCCGCCUGGAGCAGCGCAGCCUGGGCCGCGGCGGCGCCAGCCUGCACGAGCUGGCUGCCCUGGCCGCGGCGCUCGAGGACCUGGUCGCGAAGGAGAGACUUCCGACCGCGUCGCCAGGGUGUACGGCGUGCUGGACCGCGCGGUCUCGGCGAGCCUCAACAAGGAGGAGGUGCUCGAGACCAUCUCGAUGUAUACUACGCCGGGUUCCUCGACGGCGGCGACCUCGCCGCCGGCAGCCCCCAGGAGGCGCGGCGCGAGCUGGAGAGCUUCACCAGGAGCUACGUCGGCUGGGCGGAGGCCGAGGCGUGGCUCACGGACACCCUGGCGCCCCACUUUGCCUCGGGUGGCGGUGGCGCCUACCCGUUCGACCGGGUCGUCCAGAUGGCGAAGGAGAUCGGCGAGCGCUACCACACGCUCAACGACCUGGAGUGCCGCAGCCUCAAGGUCACCAUGGGCGAGCUCGAGGGCCGCGCUGGGCGCGUGCGGCUGCCCGCAUUCUACAGGAAGGGCCUCUACAGCCACUGGCAGUUCGACGAGCGCCCCGAGUACCUGCGCUUCGUUGGGGCCCUCGACGAGUCCGAGCCGGGCUCGCCCUCGGUGAUCCUGCCGAACUACCUGUCGGCGCGCACCAACUGCCUGGAGGCCUCCGGCCUCUACGCGCUCUGCUGCCGCAACGAGUGCGAGGACCUGCUGGGCCACCUGGAGAGGCAGGUCGGUGCGCCCUCGGCUCCGGAGCUGGAGGUGGCGCGGCUCGUGGCGGCGCUGCCCUCCGACACCGUCGAGGCGCCGCGCUUCCUGUCCUCCGCGCUGCUCGGCCGCCUCUCGGAGAUCGCCGCCAGCAACGGCGGGCUGGUGCCGCUGCACGGCCGGCUCUUCGCCCAGUGGACGAUGCACCACGCGUUCCCGCGCGAGUGCCCCUACCCGCACGAGGCGGGCACCACCAGCCCGCAGACGCCUGACGAGUGGCUGCAGCGGACGAUGGGGGAGACCCACAAGCUGUCGCUGGAGGAGAGGCAGCGGACCGUAGACGAGGACACCUGCGCGUUCGAGCCGGAGUUCGGCCCAGCGGCCGGCUGCGGCGGCGGCGGCGAGGAGAGCUGCCCUGGAGCGGCACCGAGGAGCUCCUGGACGCGGCCACCGGGCGGGAGCGGCCCCGGCUGCUGCCGUGGCUCCUCGCGCUCUGCGGCCCGCUCGCCGCCGUGCUGCUGCGCCGCGCCGCCGCCGCUGGCGGCACGGCGGGGCUGGAGAAGAGGCCCGCUGCGUCGAGCUCGUUCUACUCGGACCUCUGCGCGUCGAUCGACAAGUUCGCCUGAGGCCCGGCGGGCCGGCAUCCAGAGGAAGACGCGCGGCACGAGCAGGAAGUGCCGGGGCCCCGCGCGGACUUCUCGGCUCGGCGGGCCAGACCCCCCCCAUCCCUGGCGCACCGAGCGCGAGGGCUCCGCCAGAUCCAGCCGGAGAAGCCCGCGCGAAGCCCGCCGGAAGAUGAUCCUUGUGCCGUCGUGUCUUCUUCGAUGCAUCCACGUGAGGCCCCCGGGGGCCAUCGCCUUCCAUAUAGCCGUGUAUCGCCCAGGUCUCCGAUGCCCUGGCCUCUCUCUCUCUCUCUCGGCCUCUGCACUCGCGGUCUUUAACUUUACUCGCUCUCUUAUGACCCAGUCGCGCUGUAGGUUCCGACGCCUUCACAGUUCCCCAGUGUGGCCGCUGGCGUAUUUGUUACGCCCUCGGGCUGCCUGGAAGUCGGGGGCGGUAUCCGCAGCUUCCUGCCCCCGCCGCUCUCCCCGGGGGCAGCAGGCUCGGCUCCGAGAGCCCCCCUCGGGCGCGGGGCGCGCGCGCGCGGGCCGUGCGCGCGCGCGGGGCGCCACGGUCUCCUGGCCACACGCGCCGGGCGUCCCUGCUGGUGCCGAGCGCAGCGCGAGAGCGCGGCGCCGAGGCGA